UCUCCAACCUUUUAGUUCCUUGCUUCGUCUCUACUCCUAAUCCUGAUUAUUGCCUUGCCACUUUUUUGUGCUCUCCUGCUGAAGCUUUCUGAAACCACUACAUCAUCAUUUGUUUCUGUCUAACAUUUUGGGGGCAUUGAGCUCUUCCAGCUUGCAAGGCCGGAGUCUUCAUCAAGGCGCUUUCUUCACCAUAGGAAGCAAUGGUGCCGACAAAUGGUGAUGCUGCCGGACCAAGCCCCAGCCAGGAUGGCUCGGCAGCCACCAUGAAGAAGCGCAACAAGCCUCAGUAUCAUCCGUUUACUCAGCAGCAGCUUCCAGCUUGCAAGCCUAUACUGGCGCCUCAGACAGUUAUCCCUGUACUUUUGUUUGUGGGCAUAGUUUUUAUCCCGAUUGGCCUUGGUUGCAUUGCAGCAUCAAAUAGGGUUGUUGAAGUGGUCUAUCAAUAUGAAACUUCAUGUGUACCAGGAUACAUGAUUGACAACAAAAUUGCUUAUAUCCAAAAUCCUUCUAUAGAUAAGACCUGCACAAGGAUUCUCAAGGUUCCUAAGGAUAUGAAGCAACCAAUCUACAUAUAUUAUCAACUCGACAAGUUUUACCAGAACCAUAGAAGGUAUGUGACGAGCCGUAGUGAUAAGCAGCUGAGAAGUCCUAACGAGGUCAACAACACACAAUCUUGCAAACCUGAAGCUACUGAGCAUGGAAGCCCCGUUGUCCCCUGCGGACUCAUAGCUUGGAGCUUGUUCAACGACACGUACAGCUUCGCUCGUGGCAACGAGGCGCUGAUGGUUCACAAGCGAGGCAUUUUAUGGAGGAGCGAAAGGGAGGACAUUUUUGGGAAGCAAGUGUAUCCGAGGAAUUUUCAGAAUGGGACUCUGAUCGGUGGUGGGACGCUUGACCCAAGAAUACCUCUGAGCAGGCAGGAGGACCUGAUCGUCUGGAUGCGAACCGCGGCGCUGCCAACGUUCCGGAAGCUGUACGGGAGGAUCGAGGUGGACCUACACGCCGACGAGCUCAUCACGGUGACUCUGCAGAACAACUACAACACGUACAGCUUCGGCGGGAAGAAGACGCUGGUGCUGUCGACCGCCGGCGUGCUGGGAGGCAAGAGCGACUUCCUCGGCCGCGGGUACGUGGUCGUCGGCCUCGCCUGCCUCGCGCUGGCGAUGCUCCUGACGCUGCUCUGCCUCGCCUUCCCGCUGAGAGAGGAGCAUCUAGCGCUGCGGUACCCUUUGUCCGGCGGACCUGCACGAUGACCACGCAUGUUUGCCUAGGAUCAUGUACAGAUUGGAGCCGUUUCUUUUUCAGGCUUUGGAUCCGGUUGGCGAUUCCUUGCAAAGAUCGGACGAAGAACAACAGCUAUAGAGCUGCGUCGUGUAUAUAUGCAAUGCAUCCGACAGAUUGCAGCGCUGUAUUUACACGCCGUUGCCGCGCAUGCGGUUUGUACAUGUCUGAAAAUGAUUUGCUUCCUGUACAUUCAGACAUGUUGGUUGGCUGCUUACAGAAUUCAGGUCUUCUAUGCA